GGAACUGUAAUGUCUGGACUUAACAAAAAAUAAAACAAUGUAUUUUAGAUGGGACUCUUGGCUGAAGACAUGGCGUUCCACUCCAGCAUACCUGUGCCUCUGGAUAUAACUGUGGCCGUAGUCUACUCAAUUUUCGGCGUAUGCUCACUAUUUGGAAAUAGCACACUGCUAUAUAUCUCCUACAAGAAGAAGCACCUGCUGAAGCCUGCAGAGUACUUCAUCGUCAACCUGGCUGUUAGUGACCUGGGCCUCACAUUGUCCCUUUAUCCCAUGGCCAUAAGCUCAAGCUUCUACCACAGGUGGCUGUAUGGGAAAACUCUGUGCUCCUUGUACGCAUUCUGUGGCAUACUGUUUGGCCUCUGCAGUCUGACCACUCUGACCCUGCUAAGCACGGUGUGCUUUGUGAAAGUGUGCCGUCCGCUUUACGGAAACAGGUUCAAGCCUUUUCACGGCCAGCUGCUCAUAGCCUGUGCUUGGGUCUAUGCGUUGCUGUUCGCCUGCUCCCCACUGGUCCACUGGGGAGAGUACGGACCGGAGCCUUACGGAACCGCCUGCUGCAUUGACUGGCGCUUGUCCAACAAGCUCGGCACGGCCCGCUCGUACACCGUGGCGCUCUUUGUUUUCUGCUACAUCCUUCCGUGCUGCGUAAUUGUUGCGUCCUACACGAGCAUCUUGGUGACUGUGCAGGCGUCCAGGAAGACCAUGGAGCAGCACGCAUCAAGGCAGACGAGCAUGAGCAGCAUCCAGACGAUUAUUAUCAAGCUAAGCGUUGCUGUCUGCAUUGGAUUCUUUGCGGCGUGGAGUCCAUACGCCGUAGUUUCCAUGUGGGCCGCCUUCGGAGAAAUCGAAAGCAUUCCCCCUCUUGCAUUUGCAAUGCCCGCUAUGUUUGCAAAGUCGUCGACUAUCUACAACCCGAUGAUCUACCUAAUGCUGAGGCCUAAUUUCCGACAAAUCAUGUGCAGGGACCUGGGAACGCUAUUCCAAACAUGUCUGAAGGGAUGCCUCGUGUUCAAGGGCCACGCGAAGUGCUGCUCGAAACCAAACGUCAUGGUCAGACGUCGCACAGCUCACAGACAGACCAACCAGCCUCCCUUAUCCAUCUCCUCUACUCAGCCGCCUAUAGCGACUCUGAGGGAUCUCAGGUGCCAGAGGUGCCUGGACAAUUUUGAAUGCUUCAGACACUACCCUCAAAUGUGUGGGAUUGCUAAUCCAGCCGCCAACACGGACUCAUCAAAAGAUCAGGAAACUCCGGUUUUGCAAACAUUUAGCCAGAUAUGUGAGAGUGAGCAUCCAAAGAAGUCCCUGAUGGCCACCGUAAGGACAUCAGAUACAAACUACUUCAAUAUCAGUUUGGAGAUGGUUCCCAGGUACACAAAGGAGGCUUGGCCCUGAUAAUGUUCAGAAUGUGUCUGACAUGUUUAGAAAAUGUGGAAAUAUCCAUCCAUUCAUCAAAGUGAGAGGCUUCACGUGCAAUUUGAACCUGGAAUCAUCCUGCACCAGUGCCAACAACAAGAAGCUAAUAACUGCCGUUCCGUACAGCCUGCAACAAUUUUUUUAAGAUUCAGGAAUUUAUACUAUUACCAUUAUGUCUUUUUUGACAACAGCUAUGUCCUGUAACAUGUUUGUCAUUUUCUUUUUAUUUGAUUUGGCUAUGAACAGAAACUGAGAAAGAA